CGGGGAAUCCUUCGGUCGGAAAUGGCGAAAUCGGACAUCUCCACGACUUCAAGCCUGCCCCCUUACGCUAAGAUUCAACCGUUCAACGAUGCGGAUGUCGAUCCCGAUUCCUACGCUCUCGAGAAAUUCAAGCUCUACGAGACCAGAGCGAGGUUUUAUCUGGUCGGGAGUGAUAGGAAUAAACGAUUCUUCAGGGUGCUUAAGAUUGAUCGUUCAGAGCCGGCUGAUCUUAACAUAAGUGAAGAUCCAGUAGUAUAUUCGCCUCAGGAAAUCAAGAAUUUGCUUCAGCGUAUUGCCGAAGGAAAUCGUGCCACUGGGGGCUUGGCGUUCGUAGCCAAAGUGUAUGGAAUUGCUGGUUGCACUAAGUUUCUGGAGUCGUAUUACUUGAUUCUGGUGACAAGAAGGCGACAGAUUGGGUGCAUAUGUGGUCAUGCAAUAUAUGCUAUCGAUGAAAGUCAAAUGAUCACCAUCCCCCAUGUGUCUGUUCAAUCUGAUGUUGCGGCUUCUAAAACUGAGCUUAGGUACAAGAAGCUUCUGUCAAGUGUAGACUUAACAAAAGAUUUCUUCUAUAGUUAUACUUAUCCUAUAAUGCAGAGCUUGCAAAAAAACGUGUUGUCAUCUGGUGAGGAAGGAAUGCCCUAUGAUAACAUAUUCGUCUGGAAUGCAUAUUUGACACAACCUAUUCGAUCGAGGUGCAGCAACUCUAUUUGGACAAUAGCAUUAGUUCAUGGGCAUUUUAAGCAGAUCAGACUGUCGAUAUUUGGAAGGGACUUCAGCGUUACUUUGGUUUCCAGACGUUCUCGACAUUUUGCAGGCACCCGUUACUUGAAAAGAGGAGUGAAUGAUCGAGGAAGGGUUGCAAAUGAUGUUGAAACGGAACAAAUAGUUCUUGAUGAAGAAGCUGGCUCAUGCAAGGGGAAAAUGAGCUCUGUUGUGCAGAUGCGAGGAUCAAUUCCACUCUUCUGGUCCCAAGAGGCCUCACGAUUUAGUCCUAAACCUGAUAUUUUCUUACAGAGGUAUGAUCCGACGUACGAGUCAACCAAACUGCACUUCGAAGAUCUGGUGAAGCGAUAUGGGAAUCCGAUCAUUGUGCUUAAUUUAAUUAAGACAGUAGAGAAAAGACCUCGGGAAAUGAUGUUAAGACGUGAAUUUACUAAUGCAGUGGGGUACUUAAAUUCAAUUCUUCCUGAAGAAAAGCAUCUCAAGUUUAUCCAUUGGGAUUUCCACAAGUUUGCGAAGAGCAAGUCAGCAAACGUGUUGGCUGUUUUGGGCGCUGUAGCAAGUGAAGCACUUGAUUUGACUGGAUUUUACUACAGUGGCAAGCCUAAGAUUGUUAAGAAGAGGGCUUACCGGCUUAGUCAUUCAAAUACUGGAAGGGAACCUUCUCUUCGUGAUCUGAGAGCUUGCUCUGGGGAACUUUCAAGGGGUGGAAGUAUAAAUGAGAAUCUGAGCUCCUUUGCUAAUCGAGAUAAGGAUGUGAACCUUAGCCAAGAGACCAAAAAAGACGAUGAAAAUUUUGAUUCGGCUCCUCGUUACCAAAGUGGUGUUCUGCGCACUAAUUGUAUAGACUGUUUGGAUCGCACAAAUGUAGCACAAUAUGCUUAUGGUUUGGCAGCUUUAGGCCGGCAGCUGCAGGCAAUGGGUUUGACCGAUUCAUCUAAGAUUGACCCUGACAGUAGCCUAGCUGCUGCUCUUAUGGACAUGUACCAGAGCAUGGGUGAUGCUCUUGCCCAACAGUAUGGGGGCUCAGCUGCUCAUAACACUGUUUUCCCAGAAAGGCAGGGAAAGUGGAAGGCCACAACGCAGUCUAGGGAAUUUCUCAAGUCAAUCAAACGAUACUACAGCAAUACCUACACUGAUGGCGAGAAGCAAGAUGCAAUAAACCUAUUCUUGGGCUACUUUCAACCUCAGGAAGGGAAGCCUGCACUCUGGGAGUUGGAUUCUGAUUACUAUCUCCAUGUGUCAGGGAUCGGAGAUGAGAUAUUCCCAGAAAAGGGAGUGCAGCACAGUGAGAAACCUGUGAGCAGCAUUGGAGCCAAUCUAGCCCCUGUCCCGGCUUGCAGGGAAGACUUCUCAAGGAUGAAGCUGACAUCAUUUGACAAAUUGCUAGAGCAGACAUGUAGCUCAAUAAAGAACGUGAGGCUUUGCAGUGAACCAGACCAGAGGCCAGGUGGUAGCUCUGGAAGUUCCAGUGUGGCUCCUGAUGCAGCGGAAAUUCAGCUAAAGAGCCCCAAUUGGUUGUUUGGUCAGAGAAAGCCGGAAGAAAGCAGCUCUGCUGCAAAAGCUAGCAUAGAAGAGAGUGAGAGUGGAGGAGUUCUGAGUGAGAGAGUGGAUGAUUUCUGCAACUUGAACUGGCUUUCUGAGUCCAAUGAUCAUGAAGAAGAUAUAUACCAGAGGUACAUGUGGAUAACAUCAAGCAAAGAAGCAAACGGAUGGUAUGGAGGAACACUCAUGGGGGACCAAGAUGAGAACAGUGAGGUGUACAGACACUAUGCUGAGCUCUGUCAUCAGGGAGAGGGAAUGGAGCCGUUUGAGAAGGAUAACGAGAGAGAGAAGCACUACGAAGAGGUGGUGGGGAUGGAGGAGGAAGGGGAAGGUGAGGCAGAAAAGGAGAUGGGAGAGAUAAUGAAAGAGUAUGAAAAGAUAGGGAAGGAUAUGGGCAUCAUUCCCUCCCAAUGCAAAUCCUUUGCCAUUGACCCUUGUUGGCUCUCCCGCUGGCUCGUCCUUGACGACACUCUCCCCCCCAAGUUUCUCUAAACCCCCUCCUCUCUCCUCUUCUAUUCUAUAUAUCUAUUUAUGUAUAAUUGUGUUGGUUGGUUUGCAACUUGGCGGUGUGAUUGAUGUGGUAUGUGACUGCCAAGUUUUUGUUUAUAACCUGGAAUUUUAACCAAUUAAUACCUAUUCAUUGGCAGUGUGUACGUACGGACUGAUAAAUAGAUGUUAAAAUUGGGUCAAUUUAAUUAUGAA